UCUUUAUCAGUUGCACAAACCACUCAACAAAGGAGAAACCUGUCUCUCCAUGAAUAUCUGUCAUGGGAUCUUCUCAAAGAAGCGGGAGUGAAGGUGCCCAAGUACAGGGUUACAGAGAGCAUUGGAGAAGUCAUGAGAAUAGCCGAGGAUUUAGUGAAUGAGACAGGAAACCAAGAUGUUGUUGUUAAAGCACAAGUUUUAGCAGGAGGACGUGGUAAAGGCACUUUCUCCAGUGGUCUCAAAGGUGGUGUCAAACUAGCUUUCUCGCCUGAUGAAGCAGAAAGUCUGGCAAGUAAAAUGAUUGGACAUAAAUUAGUAACAAAACAGACAGGCGAGGCUGGUAGAAUAUGUAACACUGUGAUGGUUGUAGAGAGAUUGUAUGCCCGAAGAGAAUUCUAUUUCGCUAUUGCCAUGGAGAGAGCUUUUAAUGGUCCAGUUAUGAUUGGUAGUUCACAAGGUGGUAUGAAUAUUGAAGAGGUAGCUAAAGAGAACCCUACAGCCAUAAUAAAGGAACCUAUAGAUAUAACUACAGGUGUGACUCGAGAACAGGCUGUUAGUCUUGCAGCUGACAUGAGUUUUGAUGCUUCCAGUAUAGAUCAGGCAGCUGACACAUUUUUGAACCUGUAUAACAAUGUGUUUAUCAAGUAUGAUGCUACCAUGUUGGAAAUCAACCCGAUGGCGGAGGAUAAUGGUGGAAAUGUAUAUUGUAUGGAUUGCAAGCUAAAUUUUGACGAUAAUGCUGCAUAUAGACAACAAGAUAUAUAUAAAUUACGAGACUGGACACAAGAAGAUCCAAGAGAACAGAGUGCCGCUAAAUCAGAUCUUAACUAUAUUGGUCUAGACGGAAGUAUAGGCUGUCUUGUAAAUGGUGCUGGUUUAGCUAUGGCCACAAUGGAUAUUAUCAAAUUACAUGGCGGACAGCCAGCAAACUUUCUAGAUGUUGGAGGCGGAGCUACGUCCAAACAGGUGACAGAGGCCUUCCGAUUGAUCACAUCCGAUCCUAAUGUGAACUCAAUUUUAGUGAAUAUUUUUGGAGGUAUUAUGAGAUGUGAUGUGAUAGCACAGGGAAUUGUACAGGCUGGGGAAACUCUUGAUCUUAAAAUACCAAUUGUAGUACGCUUACAAGGAACAAGGGUAGAAGAUGCUAAGGCAAUAUUAGCUGCCAGUCCACUUAGAAUGUUUGCUUCUGAUGAUCUUGAUCAGGCAGCUAAAAUGGCUGUGAAGUUAGCGGGCAUUGUAACUUUAGCAAAGGAGGCUUCUGUUGGAGUAACAUUUGAACUUCCCAUCUAGUGAACUGAGAUCUUAAGAAUGUUCCAAUACUGUGUAAAUGUACUGCAUGUGAACCCAGGACAAUUUUAUUAGAAAUAGAAAAAUAAUCAUAAAGAGUAAAGUGGUGUAUUGGUUUUGGUAGUGCAUUUUGCAUUGUACAUUAAUUUUGGUGCCUAAGACCACAGCCAUUUUGCGUUUUCAUCGAAACGGGUAAAUUUUAAAUUGGUCGUUUCAGAAUACUCAUCUCCAUUUAUUUUAUUUAUUCAAUGAAAAAUAUUUUUUUAUGCAUUGAGGGAAAUGAUCUGAACAUAUUUUGAGCUUUUACAAUGGCAAGUUUGUCAUAGAUAUACAUACAUUUAUUGUACUUUUAUAAUAUGAAUAGUGGUUAAGAUUUUAAGCACUAAGUUUAAAUCAUUUGUCCUCCACUUAACAAGAUUUUAUGUAAGGUGAUAUUAAUUAGGUUUAAAAGUUGGGUGGUUUACCAAAGGUAUAUUGAUGCUGAAUGUAAUGUAAAGAAUUUGAAUCAGUUACUACUCUAAUUAUGCUAAUGUGACAAAUUUAAUAAAGUAUUGGCAAACAUCCCUCCCUGCAGAGCAGGUAUGAAAAGUUUGAACUUGGUUUUACAUUCAGUAUAUUUAUACAAUAAAGGAACAGUAAUUUAUACGGAAAUUUUAUAUUUGACGUGUACUGGUAUUAGUGAUUGGGUGUUGAUUAGGUUUGCUGAAUGAAUGACUUUUGGUUAUGUUUUCGAUGAGUUUUGUUAAGUUUUUUUUAUGUAUGCAUAAUGCUGUUGAACUUGAAGAGUGCUGUUUUGCAAAGGUGUCAAUAUGCAGGAGCUGAUGCAAUACAGUAAUCCCUGUAUCAUGAUUUGUGAAAUAUGGCUGGCAACAGUGAGGCACCAAGUGUUUUUAAGUAUAUUAGUAAUAUAUUUAUUACAAACAAAAAUGUAAUCCAAAAGUGUACUUACACAUUUAAUGAUGAAAUGUAAGGUAUUAGUUAGAAAUGUAUGUUUUAUACAAACUUUACUUAUGAAACUGUACCUGUAGUGAGAAAGAAAUAAUUGAAAGAAUGAGCUAUUGAAGGAUUUAUUUAUAUAACCAUUGAAAGAUUUGCCAAUUUUGUUAAAAAACUGCAUUUCGAUAUCAGUUCAUCUUUAAAAGAAACUUACAUUUUAUUGUGCAAAAUAAAAACUCUAAGAUUCUUAAGAUGUUGUAAAUGUUUAUUUUCAAUACUUUAUAUGGACAACUUUGAUUUAACAAGUGCUAAGAAAAAAUAGUGAUCUGUUAUUAAAUAUUUAAAGCAUCUUGAAAUUUUAGUCUCCUCAACUAAUGCAUUUUGUAUUUUUCUUUUUUUUUUCCAACAGAGAAAGGUCUUCUCUUCUUUUUAUUUAAAUCUUACAGCUGACUGACACUACUGGUGUACAAAUAUCAUGUGACCUUUUUUUGAAAAAGGUUAUUAUAGAUGUUAAAUCAUAAUUUAUACUUACAAAAUUAAAACUGUUUUAUGUAAUACAAAAA